CGCGGGGGCAGGGGCGGGGCCGCGGGGCGCACCCAGGACGCCCGGGUAGCGCUGUCACCGGGUUAAGAGCCGUUCCUGGGCCGUCCCGGUGGCUAACACUCCUGCGAGCUUCUCCGGCUGGCCCUCGCGCUCCCAUUCUGACCUUGCUGAAGUGGGCCCUUAGGCCUGCCUGUCCCCCCAGGCCUGGGGUUAGCGUGGGGGGCAGCCCUGUGCGGCAUACUUGGAGUGCUGGCUCGGCGCUGGUGGAGCCCCGCCUCUCCCUGCAGGUUCAGGGCUGUCCUGAGGGAUGUGUGAACUUGCUCCUGGAAUAAGCCACCAGGCAGCUCUUCCUAGCAGAGAAAAUGACUCAGAGCCACGUGGGGAUCAACAGGGACUAUGGCGACUGGGACUGGAGUGCGGAUGCUGGCGAACGGGCAAGGCUUUUGCAGAGCCCCAGUAUGGAGCUGGAACCCAAGGGCCGAGAGGAGCACAGGCCUGCCACGACCUCGAUGCUGGGGGCAGUCUUCAUUGUCGUGAAUGCCGCCCUUGGCGCAGGCCUGCUCAACUUCCCAGCAGCCUUCCAGAUGGCUGGUGGAGUGGCGGCAGGAAUCGCCAUGCAGAUGGGCUUGCUGCUCUUCAUUAUUGGUGGAUUGGUCAUCCUGGCCUACUGCUCCCAGGCCAGUAACGAACGCACAUACCAGGAAGUGGUGUGGGCCAUUUGUGGCCGAGUCCUGGGUGUGUUGUGUGAGGUGGCCAUCGUGGUCUAUACUUUUGGCACUUGCAUUGCCUUCCUCAUUAUCAUCGGGGAUCAGCAGGACAAGAUAAUUCCAGUGUUGGUGAAGAACUGCACCAGAGAAGGGAAGAGCUGCUGGUACACAGAUCGCAAAUGCACCAUCACCGUCACAGCCUUCCUGUUCAUCCUUCCUCUCUCCAUUCCCAAAGAAAUUGGCUUCCAGAAAUACGCCAGCUCCUUGAGUGUGAUCGGGACAUGGUAUGUCACAAUCGUCGUCAUCAUAAAGUACUUUUGGCCUGAUCAGGUGAUCUCCCCAGAGGACAUUCCAACCAGCCCUUCUUCUUGGGUGUCUGUCUUCAAUGCCAUGCCCACCAUUUGCUUUGGCUUCCAGUGCCACGUCAGCAGCGUGCCCAUCUUUAACAGCAUGAAGUGUCCUCAGGUAAGGUCCUGGGGAGUUGUCGUGACAGCAGCCAUGGUCAUCGCCCUCUUUGUCUACACAGGCACAGGAGUCUGUGGUUUCCUGACCUUUGGUGAGAGGGUGAAGCAGGAUGUGCUGCUCUCCUACCCCUCGGAUGACGUUCCAGUAGCCAUAGCACGGGCCUUCAUCAUUCUCUCUGUUCUGACUUCUUACCCGAUCUUGCACUUCUGUGGCAGAGCUGUCGUGGAAGGCCUGUGGUUGCGCUACAAAGGGGAAGCAGUGGAAGAAGACGUGGUUCAGGAGCGACGCCGACGCCUGUUGCAGACCAUCUGCUGGUUCCUUCUCACCCUCCUCCUGGCCUUGUUCAUUCCAGACAUUGGCAGAGUCAUCUCCGUCAUUGGGGGGCUGGCUGCCUGCUUCAUCUUUGUCUUCCCAGGACUUUGCCUCAUUCAUACCAAGCUUUCCGAAGUUCAGGGAGCUGGACAAGUGGGCUGGUGGACGGUGGUUAGCUAUGGGAUAUUCAUGGUCGUUCUUGGCACAUUCAUCUUUGGACAGACAACUGCUAAUGCCAUCUCCAUGGAUCUCAGGAAGUGACCCACCAACUCUACCUCAUUGGACCUAUAUUGUCCCCUGUGGAAUUUAAGUAGCCAAAAUGGAGACGUGAACCCAAUUUUUGGGAUACCUUAGCACUGACAAAACAAAACAAGACUUUUGGCCUUGCUUCAGUGCACCCUCAUUGAAAGGGGACCUGAGGACUUCAGCAAAUGAGGGGGAUGUCUCUUCAUUCGGCCAAGGAGCUCAGCUUUUCUGUUUGGACCAAGGGUGGAAUAAAGUGAAUGCAUUUGAUUGUAACACCA